UAUCUCCCGCAGCUCCCGGCACAAACGCUCGGCCACUGGGGCCCAACGCCCCGCAUACCGCAAGAAGAGAAAGUUCGAGCUUGGCCGCCAGCCGGCAAUGACCAAGCUUGGGCCGAAGCGGAUUCACACUGUCCGGGUGCGCGGUGGGAACAGCAAGUAUCGUGCUCUGCGCCUCGAUUCGGGUAACUUUGCGUGGGGCAGCGAGCACGUCACCAAGAAGACGAGGAUCAUUAGUGUCGUGUACAAUGCGUCAAACAACGAGCUUGUCCGAACGAACACGCUUGUAAAGAGUGCCAUCAUCCAGGUCGAUGCGACGCCUUUCCGUCAGUGGUACGAAGCUCACUACGCCCAACCGGUCACGAAGCGUGGCACCAAGAAGGAGACUACAGCCACCGAGACGGCUGAGGAGAAGAAGCUGUCGAACCACACGCAGCGGAAGUACGAGGAGAGGAAGAAAGACGCGAAGAUAGACCUGCUGCUGGAGUCGCAGUUCGCGGCGGGACGGUUGUACGCUUCGGUCAGCAGCCGGCCAGGCCAGAGUGGGCGCGCCGACGGCUACGUUUUGGAGGGCAAGGAACUCGAGUUCUACCUCCGAAAGAUCAAGACGGGCAAGCAGAAGCACGCACACGCGGCAUAAUCGGAGAUGACGUCUGCGUGGUGAUGGGAGUGCUGGGACGAGGUGGCGACGUGCCGGCGAGGAUCGGGCCCACAAAAGAGAGGGUGGCAGUGUCUAUGGCCGUGUCUAUGAUUAUCGUUCCUGUUUUAUUGCAAUGCAACGUACAGCUUGUCAGACAAAUCAUAAGACCGUCUGUGGCCAUAUCCAGGGC